GUACAGUUAACUUUAACCCAAAGACAACCUCUUCUCUUCCGCUUCCCUUGCUGUGAAGAUGGCGCUCUCCAGGGUGUGCUGGGCUCGGUCGGCUGUGUGGGGCUCGGCAGUCACCCCUGGACAUUUUUUCACCCGGAGGCUGCAACUUGGUCGCUCUGGCCUGGCUUGGGGGGCCCCUCGGUCUUCAAAGCUUCACCUUUCUCCAAAGGCAGAUGUGAAGAACUUGAUGUCUUACCUGGUAACCAAGACAAAAGCAAUUAAUGGGAAAUACCAUCGUUUCUUGGGUCGUCAUUUCCCCCGCUUCUAUGUCCUGUACACAAUCUUCAUGAAAGGAUUGCAGAUGUUAUGGGCUGAUGCCAGAAAGGCUAGAAGAAUAAAGACAAAUAUGUGGAAGCACAAUAUAAAGUUUCAUCAACUUCCAUACCGGGAGAUGGAGCAUUUGAGACAGGUAUGGGCCAGGGGCAGAUAUCCAGAAGUUCAUGGUGAGUUCCGCCAAGACGUCACCAAGUGUCUUUUCCUAGGUAUUAUUUCCAUUCCACCUUUUGCCAACUACCUGGUCUUCUUGCUAAUGUACCUGUUUCCCAGGCAACUACUGAUCAGGCAUUUCUGGACCCCAAAACAACAAACUGAUUUCUUAGAUAUCUAUCAUGCUUUCCGGAAGCAAUCUCACCCAGAAAUUAUUAGUUAUUUAGAAAAGGUCAUCCCUCUCAUUUCUGAUGCAGGACUCCGGUGGCAUCUGACCGAUCUGUGCACCAAGAUACAGCGUGGUACCCACCCAGCAAUACAUGAUAUCUUGGCUUUGAGAGAGUGUUUCUCUAACCAUCCUCUGGGCGUGAACCAACUCCAGGCUUUGCACGUGAAAGCCUUGAGCCGGGCCAUGCUUCUCACAUCUUACCUGCCUCCUCCCUUGUUGAGACAUCGUUUGAAGACUCGUACAACUGUGAUUCACCAACUGGACAAGGCUUUGGCAAAGCUGGGGAUUGGCCAGCUGACUGCUCAGGAAGUAAAAUCGGCUUGUUAUCUUCGUGGCCUGAAUUCUACACAUAUUGGUGAAGAUAGGUGCCGAACUUGGCUGGGAGAAUGGCUGCAGAUUUCCUGCAGCCUGAAAGAAACUGAGCUGUCUCUCUUGCUGCACAACGUGGUCCUGCUCUCCACCAACUACCUUGGGACAAGGCGCUGAGUGAACCAUGGAGCGGAUGGCGUUGUCCUGCAGUCGCAUAGUACAGCAGUGCAGGAACAAACAGCACUUGCCAGCGAAGUGUGUGUGCACUGUUAAGUGUGUGGGAGGGAGAGAGAGGAGCAGGGGCCAUGGGCUUCACAGUAUGGCACACGUGGGAACUGCAGACAUUCCCUUCACAGCUAGAACUGAAACAAACCCUCUUGCCAGGGGUGGCCCAUGUGAGGUGUCAUCCCGUCCCCCUCAUAAUUACUAAUAGCUGGAACUGGCAGCAGCCUUUACUGGGCUUUUACUGUGAUGUGUUCAGUUCAUGUCCUGGGAAGUCCGCUUUUGCCCCAAGUGGGAAUCCUUAUUUGGCUAAGGACUGAUCCACUUCCAUGUUACUUACAUCUGUGGGUUUUUGUUGUUGCUGGUAGAGAAUUUGUGGCUGGCGAGAACAGCAUUUCUUUGGCCAGAGCACUCGUGUCCAUGCAUGUACUUCAGUGUUUCGCUCCAUCCUUUCUGAUAUGACCAAAAAUCCAGUUGUUCUUUGUCCCCCUCACUGGCAUGGGCUGACCACUUGUUUUUCAAACCCUUUGAACACCUUGACUUUUUUUUGAUGGGUAACUUGCAGGAAUAUUCUAUUGGAAAAGAUAACAGGAAGUACAAGUGGUUCCUGACCCCUUCCUCAAUGUUUCUAGCCUUCACUCUCCAUUGUCUUUUCCGGGCUGUAUUACACCCCCUGUGGAUCUUCAGCGCUUUGCUGCCUCCACUGUGAUGCAGCAAUCCAACUGUAACUGACAGUGGCUGCCUUCUUUGGGCCAUGGAUCACACCUGUAAGGUACUAAUUAUUGCCCAGCCUGGGGAGAUCGGGAGAGGUCUGCAUCGAGUUAGUAAGUUGGGUUUAGCUUUUGUGUGUGCAUUAGUGACUUAUAGUUCUGUAAUAACGUACUGUAAAUGCAUGAAGCACUGUUUUUAAACCCAAGUAAAGACUGCUUGAAACCUGUUGAUGGAAAUGA